AUGGCCCCGACUACGUCAUCGAAAGAACUUCCAGACUAUAGAUAUCCUAAGCAAACCAACGAGAAACUUGAGUGGGCCGAUCUCGAAGCUUUAGACAUCUCAAAACUUGAACAACCCGGCGGCAAGGAAGCUUUAGCCACUCAAGUCCUAAAUUUCAUCGACAAAAAUGGCUUCUUCUAUGUCACCGGGCACGGCCUCUCGGACGAGCAAAUUAGACGCCAAUAUGCGCUUGCAAAUGAGCUUUUUGAGCUCCCAUUAGAAGAAAAGACCAAGUAUCUUGCCAAUACAGCAGCUGGCGACUUCCGCGGGUACAAAGCAAAGGCAACGGGAAAACUUGCGGGCAAAGACAAUGACGAAAGAUAUAACAUUCCCAAAUUUACGCCAGAACAUGAACGUCCUCAUCCUGAAAUAAUCCUAGAUCAUUACAAAGAGAUCAGAGACUUUUCCCUCCACAUCCACAACAAGAUCCUUCUUCCGCUGCUCAAAAUAUUCGCUUUUGCUUUGGAGAUCGACGAAGACUAUUUCGUCAACCGACACCGAUAUGAUGCUGAAGGUCUGGAGUACCUCAGAUACAUGAAAUACCACCCGGAUCCAAAAGAUCUCUGGGCUAUCGGGCACACGGAUUACAACACCCUCACCUUUCUCUUCCACCAACCAGUCGCCGGUCUGCAAGUCCAAACCAAAGAGGGCUGGAGAUACGUACGUUCCAAGGAAGACUCAAUAAUCGUCAACGUCGCCGAUGCACUUGAGUUCCUCAGUGGCGGAUAUCUCAAGUCGACCGUGCAUCGGGUCAUCCGACCACCGCCAGACCAGGCUGAGAAGCCAAGACUGAGCUUAAUUUAUUUUGCAAGGCCAGAGGCGGCGAUCAAGCUGGAGCCAGUGAAAAGUCCGUUGCUUGAGAGGUUGGGCUUGCAGAAGGAGACUGAGGGGGGUGUUGCCAGUGUCACUGCUGAAGAGUGGGCUAGAGCGAGGAUCGCGAAGGAUCAUCGAUUUCGGGCUGGCCUUGCGAAGACGAGAGAGACUGAGAUAAUUGCUGGAGUGCAUCAGAAGUAUUAUGACUAG